UUAUUUUGAGGUUAAGUAACUUUUGUCAGUGUUUUUGUCCCAUGUGGUUGAUUGUAUUCUUAAAUUAAGAAAAGUUCAACAAUAUAAUAAUGAUUCGAAGGCAGGCCCGUUUAAGAAGAGAAUAUUUAUAUAGAAAAACGAUUGAAGAUAGACAAAAGUCGAUUCAGGAUAAAAAAGACAGGAUACAAAAGAGUCUUGAUCAACACACCACCAUUCACGGUGAUCUACAAAAGAAAGCCCUUCACUACGCCAAGAAAAUAGAAUGGGAAGAUUCAGGACCACAAGCUGCAGCUCUUCUUGGGGGUGAAAGUGGUGGAGCUGUAGCCAAUUCACAGGACGACGAAUAUAGAUAUGCAGGUGUGGAAGACCCAAAAAUUGUAAUUACUACUUCAAGAGAUCCCAGUUCAAGAUUGAAAAUGUUUGCAAAAGAACUUCGACUAAUAUUUCCUAAUGCCCAAAGAAUGAAUCGUGGUAAUUACGAAAUGAAACAGUUGAUUCAGGCGUGUAGAGCUAAUGACGUUACAGACUUUAUUGUAGUCCAUGAACAUAGGGGUGUACCUGAUAGUCUAGUUAUUUGCCAUUUACCUUAUGGUCCCACAGCUUACUUUAAUAUGUCAGAUGUGGUAAUGAGGCAUGAUAUACCUGAUCUUGGAACUGUGUCUGAACAGUAUCCACAUCUGAUAUUUCAUAACUUUAAGACGAAAUUAGCAGAAAGGACAGGAAAUGUUUUGAAGUAUUUAUUCCCUGUGCCAAAGGAGGAUUCUAAGAGAGUUAUAACUUUCGCUAACCAUGAUGAUUAUAUCAGUUUUAGACAUCACACUUACAAAACUGUGGAUAGACAGCUUGAACUAAGUGAAAUAGGACCUCGAUUCCAAUUAAGGCUUUAUGAGAUUAAAUUAGGAACAUUGGAUACUAUUGACUCUGCUGAUACAGAAUGGGCUCUAAGGCCCUAUAUGAAUACCACAGUUAAAAGGCGGUUCUUUAGUGAUGAAGAUGGUUGGAAACAAGAUGAUGAUGUAGAAUAAGAUGCUUUAACUUUUAUUGUUUUUUAUAAAUAAAUAUUUUUUGAUAACA